AAGAAGGACUUGCGUUGCACUCUUUGGCUGAUAUGCGGCCGCGUAAUGGCUGCGAUUCCUGCCUGAGAUGCUAGACACGCAGCAGGACGAGCCUCUGAAUGGAUGCUCGGACUAUGAAGGCGCCUUGCCGUUGCCAGGCGCCUGGCGUGGUGGUUCGAAGAGCGCGUCUGAGCGCGCGCAUCUGAGCUUGCAGAGCACGUCGAGCUCAAAGUCAACGCCCACCACGGCCGGCUCCAUCAGCCCUCCGUCCAUUCUCUCCGAGGACACGGUUGAGCGACCAGUUGCCUCGGGGUUCCGGGACUCCAGGCGCGAGCCCUUCUUUGAAGACCCCUGGGAGGGGUGCAGACACCUCAUCGAGGAGGAUUGGCAGGCGUGGAUGGACGACUUCCACGAGAGGCAGCGCGCCGCGCAGAGGAGGCGAUCUGAGAACCGUGAUGAGAUCGCGAGGCAUGGUUAUGAGGGCGCGGCGUCUGACGAGAGGUCAAGCCGGCCACCAGGACGCGGCUUCCGGCCAGCUGUUUGAUCCACACGCCCAGCGCCGGGGUGACCAUGGAAAGGGUGCGCAGGGCUGCGGCCAAGGCAAAGGCGCGGAGUUUGCAUAGAACCAGCACAACGACAGGCGGGAUCUCGCUUUCGCCAUUGCGCCUGGCAACGUGAGCCGCUUGCUGAAAACCGAUUCGGGUAAUUGGAG